AUGGAUGGAUUUGGCGACGAACCACCUGCAGACCUUAUUAUUGAGGCAAUCGACGGCGAGCUGUAUGGUCCAAAGCAGCCGAAGGUCAUUCUGUUUGACAUUGGCGGCGUUUGUGUUGUUUCGCCUUUUCAAGCAAUCUUGGACCAUGAAUUGAGCCUCAACAUUCCUCCGGGAUGGAUCAAUUACUCAAUCUCCAAAUCAGCCCCCAAUGGGUUCUGGCACCGUCUCGAACGGGGUGACAUUGCCAUGGAUGCGGACUUUUUCCAAGGGUUUAAUCGCGAUUUGCACAUACAGUCAUUGUGGGAAGACUUCUACAAGCGGGAAAAGGCAAAGAACCCUAAACUUGAGGAUGUCAUUCCCCCGCUGCCUAAGCUCGAUGGCGAAUGGCUCUUUAACGAAAUGAUGUCUUCGUCAACGAAACAUGAUCCCUGGAUGUUUCCCGCCCUGCAAGCACUCAAGGCGAAAAACAAGUACAUAAUCGCUGCUCUCAGCAACACCGUCAUCUUUCCGCCAGGCCACAAGCUCCACCAGGCCGACUACUUCUCCGGUCCUCUGAAAGGGCUCUUUGAUGUUUUCGUCUCGUCUGCGCACGUUGGGUAUCGCAAGCCGGAGCCCAAGAUGUACCAACUCGCUACGCGGAAGCUCGACGAAUUCGCCAAAGCUAAAGCUAAUUCGCCACGAAAUCGCAACUUAGGAUGGGAAUCUGGCGUUCAGGCGACGGAGAUCCUCUUUCUGGAUGACAUCGGCGAGAAUCUGAAGGCUGCCAAGAAAGAAGGUUUUCAAACCCUCAAGGUGAAUCUUGGUAGGGCCUUUGAAGCCGUAGAUGAAUUGGAAAAGAUAACAGGUUUGGAUCUAGAGGGAGACCAUCCCAAGAUUCCAGUCAAACCCAGAUUUGCGCGCGCAAAGACGUCAAAGAUUUAG